CAUGUGCCUUGUUUCUAGGCCCGACAACAGACCGUCCGUCCUCUCUCGUCGUUGUUGCCGUCGUCGACUUCGUAUUCAACAACAUUGGGCCCAACCCUCCGUCGCUCUCUUCCCCCUCGAGACCCACGCCCCGCACUCUGUCUGCAGCCACUGCUUUGCCUGACACGUGUGGUGUUGUUCUGGUACCAGUGUCUUUUGGUUGCAUCAUCGCACGUUCCACCUCUUUUCGCCUUCUUCAAGACCACCAGUACUCCUUCACCUCGCCGUAAAGCCAUCACCACAACAACAACCACAACAACCGCCGCAACCGCCACCAUGGUAUAUAUUACCUCCGACCUCUUCGGCCCCAGCACCGCACGCGAUUGGGAACAAGACGGCACAUCACACAGUUGGCACACCAUUGCCCCCGACCAGCCCGCCGCCGGUCUUGGCAAGAGAAAGCGACAAGUAGGCGAUGACAGACCACAACUAUACGAACGCCCAUGUACCUCACUUCACACAUCCGGCACCGAUAUCUCUCCAAAGAGCAUUCCACGUCAACACCGCUCAUCCCUAAGCCGUGACACCACCCGCCUCCACCACCCCAAUACCCCGCCAUUCGACUCCAACAACAACCUCUCCUACGCCUUCCUCCCUUCAAAACCCAUCGACUUCUCGUCAGACCGCCGGCCUGUCAAACAGCUCAAACGCUUCAGUCCUAAAGCCUCCCUCAUAAAAUCAACCUCGCACCUCAUGGAUAUCGAUCUCGACGUUCAAUCACCUACUACCUGCGGGACGCCGGCACAUCACCAUGCCGUCUCCGAUCUGCGUUCGUGCCAUGCGUGCAAGAAGGCACCCACGCGAAAGAAGGAUCUGGAAAACUAUCUCGACUGCAGAAGGUGCGAGGGGAGAACGUGCUUCAUUUGCGCGAGGCAGUGUGUUGGCUGUGCCAAGGCGAUUUGUAAAAAGUGUAUAGUGGAGGUGGGGGAAGAGGGGGAUGCCUGGUGUUUGGAUUGUUACUCGCGGACUAUCAAUUCUUAAGCUUGGAAUUUUGUGUCCUUAGUUUGGACUUUCUUUUCUUUAGCUUAGUUUUUUCUUUACAUCUAUUUUUGCUCAUUUGAUCUUUUUGGCGCUGGCUUUUCGCAUCUUUUUACUAUGGACCUUUUUUGGCAUGUGUUUCCGUCCGUACAGCGAGCAUUUGCGUCUUUUUCUUUGGCGUCUCUAUCUCAUCAACGUACGGAUGCAUGCGAUAAUU